CGUUGCAGUCGCCGCGGGUCACUUCGAGCCUCGAAGCUCGGACGUAGCGACGUAGUACUAGUAGUAGUUAGGUACCAUUUCCAUCAGAAUGUCCGUAUGCCGAGUCUCGACAGUUGAUGAGAUUCAAUAAUAAAAUAACAAAAAUUAUAUCCAGUAUAUUAAAGGGAAAAUACACAAGUCGUGAGAAUUCUGACAGUACUAAAAUGACACUACUCUUGUUGGAAUAACAUUGACUUUCAUGCCUCAUGGUACAAAAAUUAUUUUUGAAAUAAUUCAAUGACUGGACUGAGCCAGUCUAAAAUGGGGACCCGAGUGGCAGCCUCCGCUCACCACUACCCUGACAAGUCACAUGCUGGGGUGCCAUGCCUGCUGGAGGACCUCACAAGACUGCAGGAAGACUCUGAUUCUGCUGACCUGGUGUUCAUCAUUGGCAGGGAGGAAGUCAAGCUGACGGCUCACAAACUCAUUCUAAAGCUCAGAUGCAAGCGGUUCAUGGAGACAUGUGGAACGGGGGGCGACACGUGCGCCAUACCGGGCAGCAGUGUGACGCCUGGCAAGCCUCACACCACCAUCAGACUGCCUCACUACCAGCCUCCUGUCUUCAGAGUGGUGCUCUCAUACAUCUACACUGGCAAGGUUCUGGUGACCGACCACUCAGUGUUCGAAGUGUAUGGCGUGGCACAUGACUUAGGACUGGAGGAGUUGUGCCAGAGCUGCCAUGACCACCUCACCGCCACCAUCACCCCACACAACGCCUGCACCUUCCUUGCUGCCGCUCUGGCCAUGCACCAACGCACGGGAGGCAGUAAAGGCAGCCAGCAGUUUGUUGAACGCUGCAUUGCGUACGUAGGAGACAAUGCGUCAGAAUGUCUCCACACGUCUGCCUUCCUCAAUCUCAGCAAAGAUGUCGUCAUUACUCUGAUCUCAUCAGACAACCUGGCGUUGGAGGAGGAGGACGUGUGGCGCGCGGUGCUGCGCUGGGCGAAGGCGAGCGCCGGUGUGACGCAGCCCACGCUGCACUGGACGGAGGAGGAACGCGUCAGGGUUGGCCACCAACUGCAGGGAGUCAUUAACCACGUCAGACUGCUGCUCAUCGACUCACAAGUGUUCGCGGAGGAGGUAGAGCCUACAGGGGCGGUGCCCAUGGAGCUGUCGCUGGAGCGGUACAGGUUCGCCGCUCUGCCACCCAAGUUCAGUGACAGCAGCUCAGCCAGCGACGAUAAGCGACUCAGACCGCGCGUCUCGCUGAAAUUUUUUGCGGGAUCUCAGAUACUAGUAAAUGAGCUUACCAGUAUGCAGCGUCUGCUGAACAGUUGGUAUGGCUCCAGCAAACAAAUGUGGCGACUCGUGUACCGAGCCUCCACUCACGGCUACUCGGCCGAAGCAUUUCACAGACACUGCGACGGUACUGCGCCAACGUUUGUCAUAGUCACGGGCCAGCAAGGCGAAGUCUGUGGAGGCUACAGUGACAUAGCCUGGGGCAAGACCAACAUCAAAGGACGAUAUGUGCCUUCUGACAAAUCCUUUCUAUUCUCCCUGGUGAACCCUCAAGACGCUCCUCCAACAAAAUUUCCUGUGAUUAAGAAGAUGUUUGCGAUUUGCUACCACCCCGACUGUGGACCAAUUUUCGGUGCUGGAGCGGAUCUCUUCAUUUCAUCGAACUGCCAUCAAAAUCUUGAAAGCUAUUCAAACUUGCCUCACUCUUACGAGCGAGGAGAUACGGCGGUGCCCAUCACGCUCAUGACAGAUUACAAUUUCUCCGUCGUUGACUACGAAGUCUUCACUCCACAGGGAAAGUGAAGUUGCUGCAGCUACACUUGCCAGAGGAAUAAGGCUUCUACUUGUACAUGCUCCUAAACAAGUGCAAUUUUUUAGUUAGACAUAAGUUUUAUAGCUUUACUAAUAACCGAUUGUGCCAACAUAAAAUGCUCUCAAGUGCUGUGAA